AUGGACGACAUUGCUGUCGUCGGCAUCGGCCUUCGCUUCCCGGGCGAUGCUUCCUCGCCUGAGGAACUCUGGAAAGUCCUCGAGCGAGGUGAAUCCCAGUGGUCCGAGUUUCCCAAAGACCGUCUCAACAUCGACGGCUACUAUCAUCCCGGCGGUGAUCGUCAGGGCAGUAUCUCCUUCCGCGGUGCCCACUUCCUGAAAGGUGAUUUUGCCGCUUUCGAUGCUUCAUUCUUCUCUAUCGCCGCAGAAGACGCGAAAGCGAUCGAUCCUCAACAGAGAAUUCUCCUGGAAACCUCCUACGAAGCGCUAGAAAAUGCUGGAAUCAGAAAGGAAGACAUCGACGGAAGCGACACGGCUGUCUACGUCGGCUCAUUUGUCAAAGACUAUGAGCAGGUCUGCCUACGAGAUCCAGACUGGCAACCUCAGUAUGCCGCUACUGGAAAUGGCAUCGCAAUCAUGGCAAACCGUAUCUCCCACUUUUUCAACUUGCACGGGCCCAGCAUGACCAUCGACACUGGCUGUUCCGGCAGUCUGGUGUCUGUACACCUUGCUGCGCAGAGCCUCCGAUACGGGGAAUCUUCACUGGCUAUCGCUGCUGGUGCCGGAAUGAUACUGACACCGAACACGAUUAUGCCUAUGACGGCACUCAACUUCCUUAGCCCAGAUGGCAAGUGCUUUACGUUCGACGCCCGGGCGAACGGCUACGGCCGAGGUGAGGGUAUCGGCGUCGUAGUCCUCAAGCGUCUUCAGGAUGCUCUAAAGGACAACGACACCAUUCGAGCUGUCAUACGGGCCACCAGGGUUAAUCAGGACGGUCACACUACAGGCAUUACUUUGCCCAGCAAAGAAGCCCAAGUCGCCAACAUUACCUCGAUCUACGAGUCUGCCGGCCUCGACUUCAAUCAGACUGCCUACGUCGAGUGUCAUGGCACAGGGACGCAAGCUGGAGAUUGGCGAGAGCUCAAGGCCAUUUCCGAGUCGCUAGCCUCCAUACGAACCGUCGACGAUCCCAUUAUUGUCGGCUCCGUCAAGCCGAAUAUCGGCCAUCUCGAAGGAGCUGCUGGAAUUGCUGGACUGAUCAAGGGUGUCCUUACUUUGGAACGUGGGAAGAUCCCUCCUAAUAUCAAUUUUGAGAAUGGCAAUCCCAACAUCGACUUUCAGACCUGGAAGGUCAAGGUACCAACAGAAAUGAUGGAAUGGCCUCUCCAUGGCCUUCGUCGUGUCAGCGUCAAUUGCUUUGGCUUUGGCGGCACCAAUGCCCAUGUCAUCAUGGACGAGGCCCCCAAAUACAUGUCGGCCCGUGGGCUUCAGGGCAACCACAGCUCACUUGUUGCCAGCUCAGCGAAUACCUCAACUCCCGAGCACAGUCCUGACACCGGUUUUGGUCCUUAUAUCUUUUGCUUCUCAUCUCACGAGGAAUCUGGUCUUCGCCGUGUCAUGGAGUCUCACCUCUCUUACCUGAGCUCCCAAGAGGGAAACAACCCAAACUUCCUUCGCAACUAUGCCUACACACUUGGUUCACGUCGCUCUAACCUCGAGUGGAAGCAUACUAUUAUUUCCCAGUCCCAGAAGGAACUAGUUGAGAAGCUUCAAAACGUCAAUGAGCCCGAUUUCAUCCGACCUUCGAAGAACAAGAAUCUCAAGAUUUGCUUCCUCUUCUGUGGCCAAGGCGCACAGUUUGCGCAGAUGGGAAAAAACCUUCUGCCCUUUAAGGCGUUCAAAGACAGUCUAGUGGCCGCUUCAUCGUACAUGAAGAAUAAUCUUGGAAGUCCCUUUGAUCUUUUCGAAGAGAUACUCAAGAACGAGGACGAAAGCAGCAUCUCUGACCCCCGGAUUGCCCAGCCAGCAACCACUGCUCUGCAGAUCGCACUUGUUGAGCUCUUACACUCAUUCAACAUUUCUCCCAGUCACGUUGUGGGCCAUUCUUCAGGGGAAGUAGCAGCAGCCUAUGCUUCAGGGGCUCUCACCAAAGAAGCCGCUUGGGAAGUUGCCUAUUACCGCGGUGAAGUGGCCGCUUCCAUAAACCUCAAGGGUCCUCAUCUUCACGGUACCAUGAUGGUUGUCGGUCUUUCAGUACUCGAAGUGAAAACUCACUUCCGCAGCAGCCCAUGUCAAUGUGAGGUUGCGUGCAUCAACAGCCCUCGUUCCACGACGCUGUCUGGGACAGAGGACUGUAUUCUGCAGGCCAAUAACUACUUUUCGGAAAAGAAAAUCUUUUGUCACAUCCUCCCGGUCCAAGUUGCCUACCAUUCUUCGCACAUGAGGUUGGUCAAGGACGAGUACGAGUCGGCACUGGCACUCGUCACUCCUCGAGAGCAUGUCAGGGGGGUGAGAAUGUUUUCUUCGGUCACCGGGGCGCCCGUUGACGGCUCUGGUCUUGAUAAACACUACUGGGCUGAGAACCUGAUGUCUCCAGUCAACUUUCUGGGUGCCAUGGAAUCAAUGAUGAAGCUACCGGCAGAGGAGUGCCCGGAUGUGAUCAUUGAGCUCAGUCCUGCCGCAGCUCUGCGUUCCCCGACUGUGGACAUUCUGUCGAGCACUGUCCCACCAUACCACUCAGCAUUGCCAGGAAAUGGGAAAGACGAAGCCGCGCACCUCCUCUCUACCUUCGGUAAGCUCUGGGCUCUGGGUUAUCCUAUUAGCAUGGAGAAGAUUGUUUCUCGAGGAUCUUAUCAGGUCCCGCUCAAGUGUCUGUCAGACCUGCCUCCUUAUCCUUGGAACCACACCAAGUCUUACUGGCAUGAAUCACACUUGGGCCAGGCCAACAGAUUCAGGGAGUUCCCACGUCAGGAUCUAAUCGGCGCUCCUACGGCUGAUGCCAUCUCAUUCGAACCGAGAUGGCGGGGAUUUCUUCGCAUCUCGGAGAACCCCUGGAUUCAGGAUCACCGUGUGCAAAAUACCAUUAUCUAUCCUGCUGCUGGCAUGGUUACAAUGGCCCUGGAGGGCAUCCGCCAACUUACCAAGGAUGACGAGAAACUCCUUGGAUACGAAAUCACCAACAUGCGGGUUGACAAAGCCAUGAUUGUCCCAAGCACAGCGCAUGGACUAGAAACGGCUCUGAACUUCAAGCGCGCAUCUCCCGUUGCAGCUAAUCAGAGUCAAAGCCCCCUUUUCGAAUUCUCCAUCUACUCAAAGCCACUAGACUCUCCAUGGGAGCAGCAUGCCACUGGUUUGAUUCGAGCUCGGUACCAGAAGGGUAAAUGGAAGGCCCAUUUCCGUCAGCAUGAGCGUCGGUACGUGAGUAUGACAUCUGACUGUGAGAAGCCCAUUGUUCCUCGACAGCUCUAUGAGCUUCUCGACACUGUCGGUAUGAACUAUGGUACAUUGUUCCAAAACAUUACACAGAUUUACAAGGGCGACGAUGGCUGCGUGAGCCAGGUCCGCGUUCCCGACACAAAGUCGAAGAUGCCAGCCAAAUUCGAAUACGACCAUUUGAUCCAUCCAGCCACUCUCGACUCCAUGUUUCAGACUCUUUUUGCCAUCGACAACGAGCCCAUGAUACCGACUUACAUCAAGCGCAUCUUUGUGUCAUCAGACAUCUCUCGAGACCAGGGCACUACGUUCACUGGGUACGCGACUGCGACACGAAGUGGCAUCCGCGACGCAAGUGCAGACAUUGCCAUGGCGCAAUCCAGUUGGGUGAGGCCUUCUGUCGUCAUCGAUGGUCUUCACUUGACGGGAAUUUCCAGUCCAAUCCCUAUUCAAGGCGGAUUCCUGCCGAGCCAUCACACCCUCUGCACUCACGUCAUGUGGGGAGAGGAUAUCAUGAUGACACGAGCCGUAACUAUCGAUUUCCUCGUCACGAGGAUCGCACACAAGUACCCAGGACUGUCCGUCCUCCAAGUUGGGGGUAGCAUGGAGCUUGCAUUUCAUAUUGCAUACUAUUGCGGAGAUUUCGAGUGGGAGAGACUCAGAAAUGAGGACGGGGUUAUGGCUGACCGAAAGAAAUCAUCGUUGUCGCGCUUUUCCCUCGCCCAAGUCUCCGAAAGCGACGACUUGCUCGGCUUGCUUCCCGUUUCCAAUGGACUUUCCUUUAAGGGGCUCGUCGAAAAGAGAUCUAUCGAUGGCUCUGAGCCUAUGCCGAAGUAUGACCUGAUCGUUGUCGGCAACCGAGAAGGCGUUGAUACUUCCAGCCUGUUCCAGCACCUCAAACAACCUGGGUUUCUUCUUGAAGCUUUCAGUGAGGCCACGGGAGUAUUAACUGAUGAAGAGGUGGUCUCUUUUCCACCCUCGCAGGCUGGAAGCAUUGGGAAUUUACAAUUCCGAGUGCACCGUCAUGAUCCUGGUUUUAAGCCAGACACUGCGGCUGAUGUCAUCGUUCUGCUGCCCACCGACCCUCAACCAGAAGCCACAGUGUUCAUUCAUCAACUCAAUUCCAGAUGUUCUUGGUGGAAGAUUGAACCUAUGCAUCUCUCCGAGGUGCUUGAGAACCCUGCGAAAGCGAAGGAUAAGGCAGUCAUAUCCCUUCUUGACUUUGUCUUUGGCUUCGCCCAAGACGCCUCAGUGUUCCACUGGAGCGAAGACGACUUCAACGCUUUUCAUGCUCUCCAGAAGAACGCCAAGGGGAUUCUCUGGAUCACUCGCGGCGCAAAUAUGUCGGGCAAGAACCCCAAAGGUGCCCCUAUCAUCGCCCUGAGUCGCACCCUGGUCUCUGAGGACCCCCUCAAGAUCAUCGUGACGUUUGAUCUUGACACAGGAACAUCUCUGAACUCUGACCAUGUCAUCAAUUGCGUCUGUGUCAUCUUCUCUCGGUCGUUCAAUUCGGACAAGGGCUCAUUCCCUCGUGAGUUGGAGUAUGCCGAACAAGGGCACUUCCUCUUCGUCCCACGUCUGACCCCCCUCCAUCAGCUGAACAACAUUGUCGAAAAUGGUAUUUCGACCCGAGUCCAUGAGGAACCUUUUCAUUCUCACCAACACCAUCUCAAGCUACACAUUGAGUGCCCGGGCCUCGGUAGCGAUGAGAUGAACUUUGUUCCCGGUGUUCCCGGUGUUCCCGGUCACACAUACCUCGAAGCUAACGAUGUUGAGAUCGUAUUCAGCAGUGCUACCCUCAACCACACGGACUUGGAGAUUGUCAUGGGAAGAACUGUUGAAUCAGUGGUAGGAGCUGAUUUCCGCGGCACUGUUGCCCGAACGGGACGCAACGUGCCCAACGUGUCCGGUUUGGCGAUAGGUAAUGUUGUCAGUGCUCUCGCUGUUGAUGGUGCCUUGCAGAAUAGGGUGCAGAUCGACAACCGCUUCGUCAGAAGGUGGCCAUAUGAUCUCCCUAUUAGCCAAUGCGUCAGCGCGUAUUAUUUACUUGUCGAAAAGGGACGACUAAAUGAAGGCAAGACGGUGCUUGUCCACACUGGAGCCAGCUCGUUCGGCUUGGCUGCUAUCGCUGUGGCAUCUGUCCUGUCCAUCGAAGUCUUUGCAACCAUCAAGGGGCCGGACAUGGGUCUCCAACGACUUGAACUUUUGAGGCGUGGUGUGCGUUGGGAUCGCAUCUUUGUGGCCGAGUCGGAUGACUUUGUCGAUUGUGUUUGCGACAGCACGCACGACGAGGGCGUGGACCUUGUUUUCAACCCGACUCAAGACCACGUUGAGGCCAACUUCAACAAGUCAUCUUGCCCACCUCCUAUCCGUGUCACGCCAACUUCUGCCGCCUCGUUUAUCAGCUUUGAUUUGAAGACCCUGCUCAAGUAUGAUGCGGAUUACGUCUCUAAGCUCCUCGAUAUGGUUGUCAACCUCGCGGAGUGUGACGAGGAAAAGUUUCGUGACAACCUCGCGGAAGAUAUCCUCCGUUAUGUCGAGCUGCCCAAUGUCAAGCGGGCAUUCGAGCUUGUUAUGGAGAGCCCAUAUCUUGGUCUUGUUACAGUCACUGGAGACCCCAGCUCCAACCCCCUUGUGCCGACCCUGGCUCCCAAGCCUGGCAAGUCUCUUCGGGAGGCCCUUUGUAGCAAGUCUACAUACCUUCUAGUAGGGGGGUUGGGUGGACUUGGCCGCAGCAUCUGCGAAUUACUCAUCGCCAACGGGGCAGAGAAUAUCGCCUUUUUGUCACGUUCCGGCACCUCGUCUGAGGCCUCUCGCGUUUUCAUUAAGGACCUCGACGACAAAGGUAUCUACGCACAAGUCUACGAGGUCGACAUUUGUGAUGCAGAAGCUCUAGAGAGGGUGAUAGAGCACGGCGUCUUGGAGGACAUGCCACCCAUCAAAGGUGUCUUCCAAUGUGCUGCCGUCAUCAAAGAUGCCGUCUUCGAGAACAUGACUUACUCGGAUUGGAAUGCCGCAUUCAGACCCAAGGCGAUUGGUUCUGACAAUCUUGUUCGAAUCAUCUCAGCUCAUACCGACGACGAUCCCUUUUUUAUAUUCCUAUCUAGUUCGGCGGGAGUCAUCGGCAACCGAGGCCAGGCAAACUAUGCCGCUGGAAAUUGUUUCCAAGAUGCUCUCGCUCACAGAUACCGAUCUGAAGGCAAACAUGCAGUUUCUAUCGACCUCGGGCCGGUCCUCGGCGCAGGAAUGCUCGCAGAGGAUGACGCGAUGCUCGACAGGCUCCGAGCGAGUGGCUUCUACGGAAUCCGACACCAAGACUUUCUCACGGUGAUCACACAAGCAAUCACCAUGGAAGUUGAGAUGCCUCCUCAGGUCAUUAUGGGCUUAGGAACCGGUGGUCUCAUCCGACAGAACCAGCCAGCUGACCCAUACUGGGCCCGGACUUCCCUCUACAGUCAUCUCAACCAGGUUGACAUGCCACUUCCUGACCUGACGGCGGUAGAUGACUCUGAGAAGGCAGACAUGAGAUCCUCGCUCUCUCGCUGCGCCAAUGCGGAAGAAGCUGCUCGUAUCAUCACCACAGGCCUCUCUCAGAUGCUGGCCAAGGCCAUGAACAUGCUUCCAGAAGAGAUCGACGACGGAAAGCCACCCAACGUGUACGGAGUCGACUCGCUCGUUGCUGUUGGGGUCCGCAACUGGAUUGUGACCAACUGCGGAGUCGAAGUGUCGGUAUUUGAAGUCCUAAGCGACAAGGCAAUUGCCGGUCUGGGUGCAGAAGUUGCUAUGAGGGGUCGUUUUGGGUUGGGCGAGAACUGA